AUGAGGCUGGAGGCACACAGGAAUAUCUUGGCUUUCUUUAUAACUGUAGACCCAUUUUUUAUAACUAAAUACAACCGAUUCUUUCUUUCUUUCUUUCUUUCUUUCUUUCUUUCGUUUGGUUUAUUCUUUAUUUUCUCUCUUUCUUUUUUUGGUUUUGGCUUUGGCAUUUUCUUUCUUUUCUUUUUGUUUGUUUCUUUCUUUUCCUUUCAUUCUUUCUUUCCUGUUUUUUUUAUUUUUCUUUCUACAUUUUCUUUUGGUUUCUUUCUUUCUUUCUUUCUUUCUUUCUUUCUUUCUUUCUUUCUUUCUUUUGGUUUAUUCAUUAUUUUCUCUCUCUCUCUCUCUCUUUCUUUUUUCGUUUUGGCUUUGGUUUCUUCUCUUUUUUUCUUUCUUUCUUUUCUUUUUUUCUUUUUCUUCAUUUUCUUUUGGUUCCUUUCUUUCUUCAUUUUCUUUUCACUUCUUUCUUUUCUCUUUUUCCAUUUCUUUCAUUUCUUUCUUCUUUCGUUUCUUUCUUUCUUUCGUUUCUUUCUUUCUUUCGUUUCUUUCUUUCGUUUCUUUCUUUCGUUUCUUUCUUUCUUUCUUUUUUGCUUUCAUUCUCUUUUUAUUUUCUAUCUUUUUCUUUUUUUUCUUUUUCUUCACCAUUUAAAUUCACGUAUUCUCAAUAACAAUACUUCUUUUCCGUCCUCUCCUCCUCCUUUCACUUCGGUUUCUACUCCGCUUUCUUCACAUCCUCCCCCGACUCUUUCUUCAACUGAUCCUCCCCUUUCUUCACCUCUUCUUUCUCCUCUUCACACCUGCUUCCCCUUCACCUUUUUAUCCUUGUAUUUUCUCUUCUUCUUCUCCUCCUCCUCCUCCCCUUCGUCUUUCUUCGUCUUUUCAUUCUCCUCCUCUUUAUGCUUCUUCUUCUUCUUCUUCUUCUUCUUCUUCUUCUUCUUCUUCUUCUUCUAA